AUGGUCGAAAGUCAUCCUCCUCAACCAUUUCGUUCAUUUUCUACAAAUUCUUCAAUAUCAUUAAAUUCAUCAUCAAAUAAUAACAACAACAAUAACAACAACACUAACAAUGGAUCAACACAAUCAAUAUCAAGAAUUAAUUCAUCAGGACCAUUAAAUUUAAAUAAUUUUAAUAAACAAAGUUCACCCAAAGAUCAUUUAUUUUUUAAAUGUGAAUAUUUAAAAAAAAAAUUAAAUAAAAUUGAUGGAAUGUUACCAUUUAUGAAAUUAGCUUAUUUAAAUGCUGAAAAAUUAUGUGAACAACAAUCUUUAUAUUUAUCACAAGAAAAAUUUAAUUUAUCAAUGAAUAGAUUAUCAAUAACUUCAGAUAAUUCUCAGAGUAGUGGUGGUAAUGGGUUGCAUCAAACAAAUACAAAUUCAAGUAGUGGUAAUACAACUUUUAAUUCAAAUAGUACAAACAAUAGUGAAUCAUUAUUAACUUAUACUGCAGGAGUAUUACCUUCAAAUAUAAAUGUUGAUCCUGCAACUCAAUUAUGGAAAUUAUUUCAACAAGGUGCACCAUUAUGUUUAAUAUUUAAUUAUAUUUCACCAGAUCAUAAAAUUUCAGUUGUAAGUUCAGAUGAUUUAAGAAUUUGUAAAAAAUCAGUAUAUGAUUUUAUAAUUGCAAUGAAAUUAAAUUUAAAAAUUGAAGAUGAUGAAUUAUUUACAAUAUCAAAUGUUUAUUCAGAUAAUACAAAUGAUUUAAUUAAAAUAGUUGAUGUUAUAACAAAAAUUUUAAAUACGCAUUCAUUAUCAAGAAAAAAUAGUGUUUCAGAUUUAACAACUAACGUAAAUCAAGAAGAAGAAAUUAAUCUAGACGUUACAAUCACCGAUGAAAGAUCAAAAGUAUUUCGAGAAAUUAUUGAAACUGAAAGAAAAUAUGUUCAAGAUUUAGAAUUAUUAAUAAAAUAUAGAAAUGAAUUAAUUGAAGCAGAAUUAUUAUCUUCAGAACAAAUUCAUACAUUAUUUCCAAAUUUAAAUGAAAUUGUAGAUUUUCAAAGAAAAUUUUUAAAUGGUUUAGAAUGUAAUAUUAAUGUACCUAUCAAAAAUCAAAGAAUUGGUUCUGUAUUCAUACAUGCAAGUUUAGGUCCCUUCAAGGCUUAUGAACCAUGGACAAUAGGACAAUUAACAGCAAUAGAUUUAAUAAAUAAAGAAAUUAUAAAUUUAAAAAAAUCAUCAAUAUUAAUAGAUCCUGGAUUUGAAUUACAAUCAUAUAUAUUAAAACCAAUUCAAAGAUUAUGUAAAUAUCCACUUUUAUUAACUGAAUUAAUUAAAACUUCACCAGAAUCAUCAACAACAAACAAACAAGAUAAUAAUGAAACAAGUUCAUUUAAAGAAUUAAUUAUGGCAAGAUCAGCAAUGAAAGAAGUUGCAAAUCAAGUAAAUGAAGCACAAAGAAGAGCAGAAAAUGUAGAAUAUUUAAAUAAAUUAAUGGAAAGAGUAAAUAAUUGGAGAGGUUUUAAUUUAAGAGAUCAAGGAGAAUUAUUAUACCAUGGAAUUGUUGGAGUAAAAGAUUCAGAUACUGAAAAAGAAUAUGUUGCAUAUUUAUUUGAAAAAAUUAUUUUCUUUUUUGUUGAUUUAGAUAAAUUAAAUAGUGAAAAAGAAAAUGCAAAAUCUGAAAAAAGGAAAUUUGGUUCAAGAAAAAAAUCAAAUGCUAAUAUUACUCAAUCUACUUCAAAUUUAUUAGAAUCAAUAAAUGGUAAAAAUGAUAAAAGUCCUCUUGAGUUAAAAGGAAGAGUAUAUAUACAAGAAAUUUAUAAUAUUAGUGCAAGUGCCAGUACUUCUUCUUCUUCAUCAUCAUCAUCAAUGUUAAAUCAAGGAUAUACACUAAUAAUAAGUUGGUCAGGUAAAAAAGAAAGUGGAUCAUUCACAUUAAAAUAUAGAACAGAAGAAAUGAGAAAUCAAUGGGAAACAUGUUUAAGAAAUUUAAAAACUAAUGAAAUGAAUAAUCAUAUAAAUAAAAAAUUAAGAGAUUCUCAAUCUUCAACAAAUACUAAUGAUUCUUCUAUAUAUGAUUAUAUUGGAAAUGUAUCUGACUCAUUGAAUACUUUUCAACAACAACAACAACAGCCACCAACAAACAAUAACGAACAAAGAUCAUCAAAUGGAAGUAGGCACCAUUCAUCAUCUUCAACAUUUAGUAUGAUGAGAAAUAAUUCAAGACUGAAAUCAGCAGGAUCAAUUGGAGGAAUAGAUACAUCAACAUCAAGAUUAUCAUCAUCUUCAACAACAUCAACAACACCAUUAUCUUCAUCAUUAUCACAACAAUCACAACCACCACAGAAGCUACCAUUUUUCGAAAUUUCAAUAAAAUUAAUUUAUAAUAAUUAUAAUUUACAACAAGAUCUUUUAGUAAAUUCAUAUAUUACAUUUAAUGAACUAUACCUUAAGAUAAAUAAAAUUAUAAACACGUCACUAAGUGAAGAAAAUUCAAUAAUUAUUAAUAAACUACGAUAUAAAGAUGAAGAUGGAGAUUUUGUUGUUUUAGAUUCUCAAGAUGAUUGGAGUUUAGCUUUAGAUGAAUUAAAUGAUGAUAAAAAUUUAAGUAUAUUUGUUAUUUAA